CAAAAUACUGUCAAAGUCAGUUCAUUUCUGGAAAUUGUACACGAAUCGCCAAAUCGAGAUUAACACGCUUUUCAUUUACAAUUUUCAUAUAAUUUCUGUAUACAUUACUUAUUUAUUUAUCUACUGUAACAUCCAUUACUUAUAUUUAUUUAAGAAAUUAGACACAAAAAACAGCGAAAAUGUCUACAAUAUUGGAAAAAAUUGCCGCUAUAGAGUCGGAGAUGGCGCGCACACAAAAAAACAAAGCUACUGCGCUUCAUUUGGGUAUAUUAAAGGCUCGUUUGGCUAAAUUAAGACGAGAACUGAUCACUCCAAAGGGUGGCGGCGGCGCCACUGGCGAAGGUUUCGAUGUUGCGAAAACUGGUGAUGCACGUAUCGGUUUUGUAGGCUUCCCUUCAGUCGGGAAGUCUACUUUGCUCUCUAACUUGGCCGGAGUAUACUCUGAAGUGGCAGCGUAUGAGUUCACAACACUGACUACAGUACCUGGCUGCAUCAAAUACAAGGGUGCUAAGAUACAGCUGCUAGAUCUGCCGGGUAUUAUUGAAGGAGCGAAAGACGGCAAAGGUAGAGGUCGGCAAGUAAUAGCUGUGGCUAGAACAUGCAGUCUUAUAUUUAUAGUACUUGAUGUACUGAAGCCAUUGCAACACAAGAAACUCCUCGAACAUGAACUGGAAGGCUUCGGGCUACGGUUAAACAAGCAGCCUCCGAACAUACAUUUUAGGAAAAAAGACAAAGGUGGAAUCAAUUUGAAUACGACAUGUCCUCAAUCUGAGCUUGAUGUAGAAGCCGUGAAAACAAUCCUAUCUGAAUAUAAAAUACAUAAUGCUGAUAUAACUUUACGAUAUGAUGCCAAUAGCGAUGAUCUUAUUGAUGUUAUUGAAGGAAAUAGGAUAUAUGUACCUUGUAUCUAUUUGUUGAAUAAAAUUGAUCAAAUCAGCAUAGAGGAACUGGAUGUAAUUUAUAAAAUACCACACUGUGUUCCGAUAUCGGCACAUCACAAAUGGAACUUUGAUGAUUUAUUGGAAAAAAUGUGGGAGUACCUCAAACUAGUUAGAAUAUACACAAAGCCUAAGGGGCAAUUACCAGACUAUAACUCUCCUGUGGUUUUGCACGCUGACAGAACAUCAAUUGAAGACUUUUGUAAUAAACUGCACAGGUCUAUUGUUAAAGAAUUUAAAUAUGCUUUAGUCUGGGGUUCAUCCGUGAAGCAUCAACCUCAGAAGGUCGGUAUAGAACAUGUAUUAGCUGACGAAGACGUCGUCCAAAUUGUUAAAAAGGUCUAGAAAUGUUAUUACGAGAGCAUGUAAUGUAAAUUUUAUGAUAAUAAAAACUAUGACCCGGUUAGUGUAAGGUUGGGCAUUCAAAAUUGCGAAUGUAAUCUUACUAAAAUGAUCUAUGCUGCUAAUGAUGCUUUAACUAACCGAUGUGCUAGUGUGAAUUACGUAUGAUUUUUUUAUCACCUUUAAAAUUAAACAGUGUCUGAAUGCCUAAAAGCUAUAAAACUGUGUACUCACUCGACAUUCGCGAAUUGUAAUAUAAAAACAGGCACAACAUUCCUAGGAUAUAAAUACAAAUGAAAAAGUGUAUUAGUGAGACACAGCUGACUGGUGAUACAAAGUUAAGACAUUUUAAAAUUACCGGUGAUUUUUACAGGGAAGAUUGUACUAAAAAGUUUUAAAUAAAAAUAUUGCAGUCUUUUUUUUUAAAUCUUAGUUUAUAAUUUUUUUUCUUACAAAUGUAACAAAAAAGCGUUCAAGGUUUUGAAUGCCCAACGCUUAAAAAGAAUUAUAGAAAUAAAAAUAAUUUAAAAUAGUUCAUUUAAUUUUGUGGACACACAAUAAAAGUGAAUUAAUCAUUAUUUCAAUGCUAGAUUAAUGUCAGUGUUGCUGAAAGGUAAAUUAAGAGUAUUUUUACUUUAUUUGCAUAAUACUUGAGUUAAAAAAUAGGCAAAGAAAAACUCAUAUUAUAUUAAAAUUAUUACAUUAUUAAUAAGAUUGAUGACGUUAGGAGCAAAUAAUUAGGUAAAUCUACUUUUGCAAUAACACUUAAUAUGGAUUCGUAUGUAAUUUGUUGACUGUAAUCUUAAAGCGAUAUUUUAAAGAAAUCUUGUCCUAAAAAAACGUAUAUUGUUCGCGGUAAGUAGUGAAACCUUCAGAAGUAAUCUCUCACAUUUCAGAAGUCUACACAUGUAUAUAACUGUCGCUUACGUUACAAAUCACAAUGCUGUAAAAUAAGUUUUCAUUUCAAAACAGUACCAUAACUAUGUAUAAUAUAACAGAACAACAAUUAUGAUUAAAAAUUUCCAAUCAUAGUUGUACAACCGAUGAUGUUUAGAAGUUUCUUAAGUUUUCAGUUAUAUUUCGAGAAAUUAUUUAAUUAUUAACUUGGUUUUCAAUAAUAACAUUAACUACUAUUAAUGUUGUCCUUGAUAAAUUAAAUUAAGAAUUGUAAAGAACGAUAAGCAAGUAAUUAACACAGAGCAUACAGUUACAUAUUAAUAAAGCAAUAUUCAUGUACAUGGAUUCAAACUUAUUCCUAAUAAUAUAAGUGGAAUGCUGUAUUAAUUCGUAAGCUGAGUAGCAUUUCUACUGCUUUUGAUUUCUUUAAUUCAUGAAUUCUAAAGAGAAUGAGUUGGUUUGACAGCUGACAAUUGACGAAGUAACUAGAUAAUUAAUCGAGGAAUCAUAAAUGAAUUAAAACGAUCAUUUCAAUAUUUUAAUUGUAUUAAAUGUGUUUUAAAAUAAAAUUGUUAUAUAUUAUCAGUAAAUGUAACCAAAUAAUUCUAACACAUUAUCCUUCCAUUGUAUGAAGGGUAGUAGAGCACCAUUUUGUAUAGGGGACUAAUUAAAAAACUGUCCAACUCUAAACAGUAAGUUUUUGUUGAAAGAUCACUGAAAUAGCGCUAGUGUCAUGUGAAUAUAGCAGUUUUAAACAGAGUGCAGUGUGCUGGCUUGAAAUAAAGUGUGGUAGUCCAUGGCAAUGUUUUAAAAAUCUUUUCGCUUACUAUUAUGAUGCCAUCUUAAUUGACUUUCUAUCAGCAGACACUUUUUUUAUACACUGAGAUGUUGCUCUAUACCCUUCAUACUCUACUGUUAACGCCAAAUCACUGUGACAUCAGUUAAAAAGCAUGGUGUCAAAUGACUAUGUGUAGACACACAUUGCAUUUAAUCAAUGCCAUAGGUUUUUGUGGGCUGUUACAACUUAAGAGUAAUUACAUACGUAAUUAUAUAGCUACAUAUCGGUUAUGUAGCUAGUUUCAAUUGUUCGGAUAUGGAUGCUAUUUGUUUUUUAACCGACUUCAAAAAAAGAGGAAGAGGUUCUCAAUUCGACUGUGUUUUUUUAAAUGCUUAUUACCUCAUUACUUUUGACUGGGUGAAUCGAUUUUGAUUAUUCUUUUUUUUUUUAUUAGAAAGCUGACGCUUCCCGUGUGGUCCCAUUUCAAUUUAGUCCAGUUCUGAUAAUGGUAUCCAUGAGAAAACCAUAUAAGUCUUAAAUUUGCAUUAAGUACGUGCGCGACAAAUAGAUGAUUAACUCAAUAUCACGCCAACCGAUUUCAAUGAUUAUUAUAUUUAGUGUAUAUUAAUUUGUUUUGAAAUAUAUUUUUUUUUCUGUUUGAAGUCGGUUUUUGUUAAAGCAUGUCUAUUUACAAUUUAAUUUAAUUUAAUACUGGCGCUCUGUCAGAUUUGCAAAAAAUUAACGUGUAACGUGUUUAUCUGUAAAGUGUAUUUAUGAUUGCAGUGAAGACAUUAUAUAGAUAAUUAUAAGUCAAACAAAUAUAUUUGGUAUUUUUCUACGUACUAAGUAUAGCUAUACUUACAUGAAACUGUACUUUAUGAGAAGUAAUUUACCUUAUGCAUGCAACACUUGAUUCUAUCAUUCUUAUUAAUUAAGACUCUGGGUUGUUUAACAUGUGAAAAAGCUCAUAAAAAUACAGUAUAAUACAAAACCAUAA